AUGGGUGAGACGACUAGUCUAGAGGAGCUCCGGCAGUUUUGUAAGGGCAUGCGGGAAGUCUUUGGUCCGGAGUUCCUACGAAAGCCAACCUCUGAUACGUGCCAGAGACUGCUAGAUAUGCACGGUGCGGUGCACAGUUUCCCAGGGAUGAUGGGCAGCAUUGAUUGCAUGCAUUGGGAGUGGAAAAACUGCCCGGUGGCGUGGAAAGGCCAGUUCACUACUGGAUCGAACAACGACAUCAACGUUCUGCAGUCGUCGCCUCUCUUCAAUGAUGAGUGUCGGGGAGAGGGUCCAGAGAUCAGUUUCGUAGCAAACGACACGCAGUAUCGUUGGGGAUACUAUUUGGCAGAUGGAAUAUACCCUCGUUGGCCCGUAUUCGUCAAGACACUUCGCCAACCGGCUGGAGCGAGGAGACAAUAUUUUGCACGAAAACUAGAGGCCGCUAGGAAAGAUGUUGAGCGAGCUUUUGGUGUGCUCCAAGCGCGAUGGGCCAUUAUACGCUGCCCGGCACGAGUUUGGCACGAAGAUGAUGUCGUGAAUAUUAUGUUAGCAUGUAUCAUAUUGCACAAUAUGAUAAUAGAAGAUGAAGGAUUUGCUGCAGAACGUUGGGCACCGGAAGAUGGUGCAAGUACAAGUCACGGCGUUGCCUCCGCGCCGAUACAGAUGGGUGUACCACGUAGUAAUGAAUAUCUGAUCCAACGUUUCGCUGAUAUACGCAGGAGCACAUCACAUGACCAACUCCAGGUCGAUUUGAUUGAAGAGGGUUGA